AUGGCGGCGCAGUACGGCACCAACCUACACAUGCCCGAGUCCUCCUGGGCGUGGCGCCUCCCCACCAUCGUGCAGUGUAUCCUCCCGGGCAUCGUCGCGUGCAUGGUUAUGUUCUUCCCGGAAACGCCCCGCUGGCUCAUCAGCAAAGACCGCCGCGAAGAAGCCAUCGCCAUCAUGGCCAAGUACCACGGCGACGGCGACGCGCAGUCCCCCGUUGUCCAGCUCCAGCUACACGAGAUCACCGAGGACUUUGCGCGCUUCCGCAACGAGAACCCGUGGUGGGAUCUGCGCGAGCUGUUCAACACACGGGCGGCGCGGUACCGGCUGAUGCUAGUGAUAUGCAUGAGUUUCUUCGGGCAGUGUGCGUCUCUCCCACCCUCCUUAGAUAGAUAA